AUGAUGCGUUUUGUCACGACCCUUUCCGUUCUCUUGCCAAUCUUGUCCCCAACUGCAACCGGAAAUGAACAAGUAUCAUCUGUCCCUGACACGGGAUGUGUGAAAUCAGUAUGUCGACUUCACCCGAAUCACUUUAACCUUCUGACAUAUCUGCAGUGCUCGCGCCUGGCCAACCUUUUGGGGCCAAACUCGUUCUUUGCGGGAAACAGAAACCUCGCUGUGUGGGAUGCCAAGCAGCAGCAAACUCAAUCGGCAUGUCGUGUCCUGCCAACUAGCACUGAGGAUGUUUCAAGUGUCCUUGGCGUCAUUCUAGAGGAAAGUUGCCGCUUUGCAGUGAAAGGGGGUGGCCACGCUCGAGACCCGGAUGAUUCUAUCUCGGCCGGCGGCGUUACCAUUGACAUGCAAAAGAUGAGAUCCAUUCAGGUAGCCGCCGACCGAUCCCGGGUAAAGCUAGGGAGUGGUCACGUCUUGUAUAGCUUAUAUUCCGGACUCGAAAAAUACAACCUGACCACCCUCGGAGGCCGAGUCGCGGAUGUUGGCCUUGGGGGGUUUGCACUUGGAGGCGGUUUUUCAAGCUUGUCACCUGCGUACGGUCUGGCCAUGGAUAAUAUCUUUGAAUAUGAGCUUGUCCUUCCCAAUGCGACCAUCGCAAAAGUGAACCAGCAUACCCAUCCGGAUCUAUAUUUUGCUCUCAGAGGCGGGAUGAACAAUUUCGGGAUCAUCACACACUUCACAAUGAGGGCGGUCCCACAAGGUCAAGUAUACGGCGGUAGCCGGACAUAUUCAUCGAACAUUCGGGAGGCUGUUCUGCAGCAAGCCUCUGACUUGACAACGCUGUGGAAGAAUGAUACCGCUAUGUCAUUUUACUACAAUUUUGCAUACGACCAAAACCUGGAUGACUUUACUAUAGCAGUGAACCAGGAAUAUGCGCUUCCAACAUCGGAUCCCCCCCCAUUUCGGCAACUCAAUGAGCUCCCAUAUGAAUCAGACACUGUCCGUAUAGACAGGCUGAGCAAUUUCAGUACCGAUGGCAUCUCGCCUGGCGGUGGCCGAAACCUGUACGCGACGGUGACCUACCAACCAUCUGUCGACCUCGACAGAAAGUUGCAGGAUAUAUUGAUCGAAGAACUACAACCCAUAAAAACAAUAUCAGGACUCUCUCCCAGCCUCGUUAUCCAGCCCCUCUACGAGGCAGCCGUCCAGGCAAAUCGUGAGAGAGGAGGAAGCGCUGCUGGCAUACAGGCCGAGGGUCCUCUUACUGUUGUAUUGUUCAACACAAGAUGGAGUGAUGAGAAGGACGAUGAUGCUAUUAAUGCACUGGCAAAUAGGUGGCUACAGAGGUCGCUCGCUGCUACCCAUGAAGCCGACAAAUUUCAUCCUUGGCUUUACAUCAACUAUGCCAGUAAAGCGCAACAUCCGUUUGCUGGUUAUGGAGAGGCCAACCUGCGCAAAUUGGUCGCUAUUCAGAGAGAGGUUGACCCGAAGGGAAUUUUCACCUCAAAGGGGCUAUGCAGGGGAUACUUUAAGCUUCUUUAA